AUGUCUCCUCUCAAACUGUCAAAAUGGCUAAGCUUUACUGCAUCAAAAGAUUGGUUCCACCGUUACUCCUUUGCCAAUGCCGGCCUCCGUUCCAUCUCCACCGAUCUCGGGAACGGCACAGUCAUGCAUUGUUGGGUGCCGAAAUGCCACAAACAGUCCAAGCCCACGUUGCUUCUCAUCCACGGCUUCGGCGCCAACGCAAUGUGGCAAUAUGGGGAGCACCUUCGCCACUUCACGCACCGAUUCAAUGUCUACGUCCCGGACCUUCUAUUCUUCGGCCGCUCCUUCACGGCCAGACCUGAGCGCACUGAGUCUUUCCAGGCGUCUUGCGUGAUGAAGCUGAUGGAGGCGCACGGGGUGCCGAGGAUGAGCUUGGUCGGGAUAAGCUAUGGAGGGUUCGUGGCGUACAGCAUGGCCGUGCAGUUUCCGGAGGCGGUGGAGAGGGCGGCGCUGUGUUGCGCCGGGGUGUGCUUGGAGGAGAAGGAUAUGGAGGAGGGUUUGUUUAGGGUUACGGACUUGGAUGAGGCGGUGAAGAUUUUGGUGCCGCAGGCGCCAGAGGAGCUAAGGCGGUUGAUGCGGUUUUCGUUUGUGAAGCCUGCUAGGGGCAUCCCCUCUUUUUUCCUCUCGGAUUUCAUCGAUGUGAUGUGUAGAGACUAUGUUGAAGAAAAGCGCCAAUUGAUUAAGGAAAUACUCAGAGAUCGAAAACUUUCCAAGCUUCCUAAGAUCCAACAGCCGACGCUAAUAAUAUGGGGAGAGCAAGAUGAGAUAUUCCCUCUGGAACUGGGGCACAGAUUAAGAAGGCAUGUGGGAGAAAAUGCACAGCUUGUAGUCAUCAAGCACGCAGGCCAUGCGGUCAACCUAGAAAAGCCGAAGGAGUUUAACAAGCACUUAAAAUCAUUCCUUAAUGGUUAA